UGUCAUAAAAUGUAAUUGUCUGUCUGAUUUAAGUCUGAAUGAGGACACAGUCUGCAGUGUUUGCCAGUCUACAAAGCUGACUGCAUUCCGGCUUGUGGAUUUGGUUUCCAAACAAUAAACGCUUAAUGCGGAUCUAAAAACAAAAAUGUGGUUUUGACAUUUUGCCCACGUAAAGAGCAGCUGAGUGCGGAAGAGAGUUUUAUUCUCGUGAACUCUGGUGUCCUAAUUUUUUUAAAUAAGGCUAUUGAAGAGACAUUUUGCAAUGAGAUUAUAGGAAUUUUUAGCAUACAUAGAGGACUUGUAGAGAAAUUAACUACUUUGCUAAUCAUUUGGCUAAUCUAAGAGCCUGGAACCAGGAGUUUUGUGUUCACUCAGUGGGUUUGUUCUUCACAAACCACAAAACAAAACAAGACUCUCACACUAUUGAACAGAGCCAUACGUGGAGAUUUCUAAGAUUUUACCUUCUAAAACUGAUUUUUUUUUUUUUCCUUCACUGCUCUUGAGAAGCCCACUGAUCUUGCUCAGCUUCGCUUUUGAACCAUAAUGGAUGAAAUCCAUCAGUUUUUUGGUACCCCAGUGCGCUACCGCUCUGACAGCAUUGCCAGCAGUACGACACAGUCAACGGGCAGCAAACUGAUUCUGCGCCAACGGCUCAAUCAGCUAAUGACCUGUGUGGAUGAUCUGGACCCCAGCGAUGAGCUGCAUGAGAAAGUGGCUAAGACUCUGGACAAUGCCUUUGUCAUCUGUGGCAAGAGAGCAAACAAACCAAAGAAACAUAGUUUCAGGUUACACAUUGUGACGUGGAAUGUGGCCACAGCCGAUCCCCCAGAUGAUGUGUCCUUGCUUCUCCAUCUGAAUUCCCCUAAGAGCCCAGACCUCUAUGUCAUUGGUCUGCAGGAGGUGUACUCGGGGCCACUGAGAUUUGUGUCGGACAUUGUGUUUGAUGAUCCUUGGAGUCAUCUGUUCAUGUCCACUUUAGCACCAUUGAGUUAUGUCAAGGUGUCAUCCAUUCGAAUGCAGGGUCUUCUACUGCUCUUCUUCUCUAAAAUGGAGCAUGUUCCCUUCAUCAGAGACAUUCAGGCCACAUACACACGGACAGGCAUUUUUGGCUACUGGGGUAACAAAGGUGGCGUGUCCAUCCGUCUGUCUUUCUACGGACACAUGCUGUGUUUUCUCAACUGCCACUUGGCGGCUCACAUGAAAUAUGCCACAGAGAGAGUGGAUGAAUUUGAGUACAUCAUGGACACACAGAUGUUUAACUGCACUAAAGCUCCAAGAAUUAUUGACCACAGGCUAGUGUUUUGGUUUGGUGACCUCAACUUCCGUAUUCAGGACCAUGGCAUGCACUUUGUCCGCUCCUGUAUAAACAAUCAAACCUACAGCCUGCUAUGGAGCCAGGAUCAGUUGACCAUGAUGAAGAAGAAGGAACAGUUGCUGCAGGAGUUUGAGGAAGGGCCUCUGGACUUUAAGCCCACAUACAAGUUUGACUUAAACUCUGAUACUUAUGACAGCAGGCUCUACAGGACAUGGUUUGCCUUUAAUGGUAAGAAGCGAAAACCCGCCUGGACCGACAGGAUUCUGUGGCGGCUCCAACCUAAAGCCUCACCCCCUGACGAGAGCAGUGAGGAUGUCAGUACGCAGGAGCCAACGGUGGCGGAGCAGCGGGAAGAGGAUGAGGAGUUCCCUCUGAAGAUCAAGCAGGAUUUGUACACCAGCAAGAUGGAGUACAGCAUCAGUGACCACAAGCCUGUCAUUGGUAUCUUCAGCCUGGAACUGAGGAAGAUGUAUGAGAUCCCUCUGGUGCGUUUGCGGGCAGAGGGCGACUGGAGCGCUGACAUUGAUGCCAUGGUCGUCUACAGCCCUCUACAGCCCUUCCCCUCCAGUUCAUGGGACUGGAUCGGCCUCUAUAUGGUCGGAUUCACCAGUAUGUCAGACUAUAUCACCUAUACUUGGGUUAAAGAUGAUGAAGUGGCUUUUAAUGAGGAGCUGAUGCAGGUAUAUGUUAGUAAAGAGGAGAUUCCUGUGCGUGGAGGAGAGUGUGUGCUGUGCUACUACAGUAGUGCUCUGCAGUGCAUCAUUGGAAUUAGUGAACCAUUCAAGGUGCAUGAGUCUAAAGUGGCUGUUGAGGAAGGCCUGGUGCCUGAGAAGAUCAAUGGACUCAACAGAACUGCAGGAGGUGAAGAUGUAUGGAACUGAACGGCGUAUAUACUGUACCUGCAGUGGGAUGUGGACAUGGAUUUUCUGGACCAGAGCAAAGAUUUUAAUAACUUAUGUCAGUGCUUCUUAACCUGCCAGUGAAAGUGCAGAUUAGGGAACACUGCCUGUUCACGUUAUUAUACUCGCUCCUCUAAAGUUACAGCUCUUAAUGUACUUACGUCUAUAUGGUCGGAACAGCUGCCAUUUAGGGCCACACUUUCUCUACAGGCAGGAACCAGAGUUGACUAGAAUCACAGGAAUUCUUUAAACAUUUGUUUUAUAGGGAAAAAAAACACCCCUUACAAAUGUGAAUAGCUACAUAAAACUGGCCUGUUCAUGUUGCUGUUCUUAUUUUACCUGAAGCAUAAUAGAAUAGAGCAAAGUGUGAACAUGAAGUUAUAAGAUGUAACUGAAUGGUUUGACUGAAAUGUGUUGUACCAGAAAAAGUGAUAAGAGUUGAAGGAUACAGGAUCUUUGCAGCCCACUGUGUCAGUUCAUGAAUGGAGACCCCCAAUUUAGGACCAUGUUAAUUGAUGCAAUAUUUAAUUUGUACUUUAUAUUUUUUUUGCUGAAGUUAGUCUAACAACUGCCUUGCUGUGGCUGGAAAAAAUGCUGGAUUGCUGAUUAUUUAAGUUGUCAGUCAAACGUCACCCAACUGCUCUAAAUCAAAAAGGGAAUCAGUUAACACAUCACUCAAUGACCAGAUCAGUUUAUUUACAAAGAAUGAGUUAUAUUGCAGU